UCCGGGUUCAUUGUUUGUUUGUGUCGUUGCUCCAGACGCGACCUGCCCGCCUCUCCGUGGAUCUACAGCCGUUCACAUGUACCGAGCUCCGGUCAGACCGCAACGGAGUCCGGGAGCUCCGCGGCCGACGGGAAGGUUCCCCUCCCCGGCCUCCUGCUGGGGUUUCCCUGGAGCUCCCUCACCGUACGGAGGCUCUGGACCCCGCGGCGGAUCUCCACACGGCGGCCCGGCUUUCUCCCCGGGCUCUCCGGCCUACUCUCCGGCUUCUAACCGGGGGUACAGGGGCGGUUCUCCGGCUUCUAACCGGGGGUACAGGGGCGGUUCUCCGGCCUACUCUCCGGCUUCUAACCGGGGAUACAGGGACAGUUCUCCGGUCGGGUUCGGCAGCGGCUCUGGGGGACAGAUUUGGCGGACGGGGGGCCGUUUCCGGCGUCCUCAGUCCUUCAGUCCCUCAACUCACCUGCAGCAGUCCAGAUGUUCCGACACUCCGGUGGAGAAAUAUUUCAGUCCAGCGAUGCUGCAGGACCCGUGGGCCGCUCUUCUGCCCGCCGCAGCUGCAGACACAAGGACACCAUGACAGGAAAUAAGGACGGCAUCAUAGAGGAUAUCAAACCCAGUGAUCAUAAAGAAACCAGCUUCUGAGCACGCUCAGACACCAGCAGUUGGCAGCUUAGUGAACAAAUAAAAUCAGGGAUGAAACAUUUCCAUUUGUUGAUGUUUAAACGUUUUAUAUCACGUCUGAUCCUUUUUACGGAUUGUUAUUUACAGAAUGUUUGUUCUUUGUUUUUUCUAUUUUUAGAAAAUAAAAUAUCAAUUACAAAUCCAUCA